AUGGGGGUGAAGCUGGAGGUGUUUCGGAUGACGCUCUACCUCACCUUCCCUGUGGCUAUGUUCUGGAUUGCCAAUCAGGCCGAGUGGUUUGAGGACUAUGUCAUACAGCGCAAGAGGGAGCUGUGGCCACCUGAGAAGGAGGACCAGCUAGAAGAAUUCAAAGAGAGGCUACGGAAGCAGCGGGAGGAGAAGCUCCUUCGUGCUGUCCGGCAGAGCUCCUGAAGCCUAGCCCCUCCACCCAUGAAAUAACACACAGUUCCUUAUU